GUAUGAAAUUUUGCCCAAAUCUUCCCUUCCCAUUCACACCUCUCUUCUUUUCUACUCUUCUCCUCUGCUUCCACACUUCCACCGUUCCAACGACAUUGUAAGCUACCACCAUCUCCAGCUCGCAUGCAAGCCAUUCCAGCCCCACUGUUCCAUCCAAUCUCCACUGGUUCCACCGACCAGCCCUGCCCCAGAUUCUCUGUUGCUUCCACCAUCUAGGGCUUGGGUUGAAUCUUGAAGAUCCCCAACUUACAAGCGUUCCAACGCCCAGGGCUUGUCAUUGAUAAUCUCAAAUCGAUUUAGGGCUUGGGGUUAAAGGCUAGUAGCUGACCAUAAACUAGAUGACCUUGAUUAAGAUUUAAGAUAUAGACACUGAUGGAGGCCAAUCUUGACUUGAUACAAGCAUUCCAAGCUGCUGUUGUAGCUAAAGGAUCUGGGAAUUCUAGUGCUUCUGUUAACAAAUCUCUCAAUGCUGUGAUUAUUGGUGAUCUGGGAAGAAAAAUUGGUCUUCGGUUAAGCAUAUUCUCUGCCAUGGAAGAUACUCAAUCAGUUUCGACACUGAUAGACUCUACAACGUCUAAGAUACAACAGCUUCAGAAAGCAUUUGCUGAACUUGAAAGUCACCGAGCAAUAACUCAUAACUUGAAAUGGAAGGAGAUUGAAGAACAUUUCCAUGGGCAGAAGUCCUUAAAGAGGCGUUUUCAUGAGUUGGAAGAUCAAGAAAAGGAGUUUGAAACCAAAACAUUGGCAGCUCGUGAAAUGUUGGAGAAGAAGGAAUCAGCUAUUGUAGCCAUGGAACAAGCUUCGCUGGAAAUCCUCCAAGAGAAGAGAGAUGCUGCUAUAUUUGCAAUUGCUGCUGCUCGAGAGAAGCACAGGAAAAUAUCCUCUGAGGAUCCAGAUGUUGUCACUGAUGAGGGCCAGGGAGGGCUACCAUGUGUGGAAGAGAAACCACCAGAUGUAAUGGCUUCUGAAAGCAACUUUGAAGAAAUGAAAUUUUCUGAAACUAGGAAUGUGGAGGUGAAGUCAUAUCCCCAGUUAGUGAAACUAUGCAAACAGAUGGACUCUGAAGGACUUCACAAAUUUAUAUCUGAUAAUCGAAAGAAUCUUGCUGCAAUAAGGGAGGAAAUUCCACUUGCAUUGACAGCUACAGCUAACCCUGCCUGUUUUGUCCUAGACUCUUUGGAAGAUUUUUACCGCAUGGAUGUGCCUAAUUUGGAUGGGAAGAAGGACUCAACCUUACUGGGUCUUCGUCGAACCUGCAUCAUGUUGAUGGAAUGUCUGAGCAUUUUGUUAACAAACCUAGAUAUAGUCUCUGCUUCUGAGGUAAUUACAGAAGAGGUUAAGGUGCGGGCAAAGGCAAUUGCUGAAGAAUGGAAGCCAAAGUUGGAUGCCCUUGAUAUGGAUGCUAGCAAUGGGAGCUCUUUAGAGGCUCAUGCAUUUUUGCAACUUUGUGUUCAAUCUGAUUUUGAUGAGGAAGAACUAUCAAAGCUAAUACCAAUGGUUUCUCGUCGUCGCCAAACAGCUGACCUUUGCCGUUCCCUUGGAUUGUCUGAGAAAAUGUCAGGUGUAGUUGAAGUACUUGUAAAUAGUGGAAGGCAGAUUGAUGCUGUGAACUUGGCUUAUGCGUUUGACCUCACGGAGAAGUUCUCACCUGUGGCUAUACUUAAAUCUUACUUGAAGGAGGCAAGAAAAGCUUCUUCACGUGUCAAACCUGAAAAUGCAUCUCCCACUGUACAGAAUGAGGUGAAUGAGCGUGAACUGACUGCACUUAAGGCUGUGAUCAAGUGCAUUGAAGAGCAUAAGCUUGAGGAGCAGUACCCUGUGGAUCCACUUCAGAAACGGGUUAUCCAGCUGGAGAAAGCCAAAGCAGACAAGAAAAGGGUGACUGAAGCUGCAAAGCCUCAACCAAAGAGACCCCGAGCUAAUGGUGUUGGAUAUGUGCCUCGUGUUACUAAUAUUGCUGCUGAAAAGAAUUUUUAUCCUAGAGUUGCCGAUAAUAGGUAUCCACAGUACAUGUAUGAGAGGUCGUAUGUUUACCCUGGGCCUAAUGAAAACCAUUGCCCCUCUCUGCUGGGUUCUGCUACUUACAACCUGUCUCCUGGUCACAGCAACUACUUUGCAAAUGGCUACCAGUACCAAACCGCAUAUCUUCACUAGGAAGUAAAGGUGGCGAAAUGGUGACUGAUCCUCUCAUUUUUAACGGUUAGUCUUUAACCCUUCAGUUCGCUGAUAUCCCAAUGUAUGAAUGAAUUUAGUAUUUAAAAAAAUGACCAAAAAAGAAAAAAAAAAUGAAAAAACUCAAAAAAAAAAAAAAAGUCUUGUUAAUUUGUUAGUUGAUGUAUGAAGAAUAUAUUUUGAUCCUCUAAUAUAUGCACUUUGUUUUUCUUUUGUAUAA